ACAAUUUUCAGGGAAUUGUUGGAUUAUUGACAUUUGAAAUUCGAUAUCGCGGAUUUUUAAGCCGCGAUAUCUUCUUGAAUUCCUCGAGAGAUAAUACGCGUCCUGUGAUGUGUUGACCGACGAGCACCUGGUUAAACGAGAGUCGGGGAUUAUUUGUUCCGAUUUUAACCUAUUACAGCAUCGUAGCGGAAAUUUUAGGAUCCAUUGCACGCUUACUUUUCGUUUACACGUAUAUUGUAAGUAAAGAGUAAAUUUUAUUCCAUUCAAAUUUUAUUAGGUCGAUUAAAAAUACGGUAUCGAUAGGGACAGUCGACUGCAGCGCGUGCGACGCGAUCGAGCGAUUCGAUAAUGACAACACCUCGAUAGUCGAGGUCGAUCGAUGUCAUCGGCUGGUCAUCUCCGCAACUUCGUUACUCAUGCCCACGCGGCCCAUGUUGACGCACGUCACUCGCGCGAUUUUCUCAUCUAGAUAUAUCCCACGGUGCGUUCACCUGGGCCGUGCCUUCUCUCUCUCGCGCGCGUACUCGCCGCCAUCGCUCUUUCUCGUUCAGUCCUGUCACUCUCGAUGUGCGUGACAAGUGUGGGCAGACCUUCCCGAGUCGGCAUCCUAACCUUAUUUGUCAAAAGUUCGAUGAAGAUUCUUGAUAAAUAACGACGAGUCCUGAUAAUUCCCUUCGAAGGAGAAAACUCUCUGGGCGGAUUUAUCUGGACCUUGAACCUGGGCGUUGCGCUCUGCUUGGAGAGUGAGUAACCUAAAAAAACGGGCGAAAAAAGGCCCGGGCUGGCCAUCCGAGCUAUCGCGGCUCCGAGAUCAGCGGGCCGAGUUAUCGCGAUUAUGAAAUACUCGGUCUCGACGGAGCCGCUCGCUGACGCGUGAAAAGGGCGCAGGAGUCAGUUUUCACGCGUCACUCCGAGGAGUUACCUCCCCGGGAGCUGCGGAGAACUCGGCAAGGUCUCAGAGAGGUCUUCCGACGAGUCAGGCAGAGCAUGGUUACAGAUACCGAUGUGUCAGCGCUGUGCCUCGAGGUAUCGAGGGUUGCUACGCUGCCCAGUGGACGGAGGAAGAUCGUAAGUCCGACUCGCUGGAACGGUCAUCCAUGACUCCCUACAAACGAUAGUUUGUCCUUAUUGCCUGUCUCGGCUCGGUUGGCUCUGACUCCCCUCAACGAAUUGCGCGCAAAUUAAAUGCAAUCGACCAAUUGGCAAAGUCGAGUGAAUGUGCAUGCACCUAAAGCGUGCACAACGCCGUAUCAAAGGUUAAAACUUGUGGGCCAAUACGGUCUCCGGUCACUACUCGGUAUCAGCUGAUUUUUGGUGCAGAGCUUCGGUUUAGUUCUAGGGUUGGUAGUUCUUUAAAGCAUAUCCCAUUCAAUGAAUUUUUUUCUCCAUGUACCUCUUUCUACAUGGUAGAAAACGAGUUAAUCUUAACUGGAGUGAAUGUAUGCAGGGACACAAAGAUGGAGUAAUCAUCGGGGGUCGUGCCAUUUAACCCCAAUUUAUUUAAUUGAAUUUGUCUUGCUUUGUAGUUGGGUGACCAAUGACUCUUACUGAUUUACCCUAAUCUUAGUAAAUUCCUAUUAAUUUAACUGCCACCUCGUUUAUAUUUACUUGUCCAAUUUUUUUUUUUAACUACAUGCAAAGAACAGGAUUAGAUUACGCAUGAAACCUCUCCGUAGUUGUGAAGGAAACUACAAACCAUAAUAAUGCAUAGAUUAUCGUGAGAAUAGUUUGCAGAUGUGCCUAUGAAGUGCAGGUUUUUACACUUUCAUUCCAUCAUUUGUCCUGAGGGUUUUCCGUAUCCACAAAUAAAUGGUACCACACUAGUGUGCGUGCUAUGGACUGCCCAAGAAGCUUAAUUUUUUGCAGUGGAAACCAACAACGAAGAGCACGAGAACUCUGCAGGAUGGACUCCGAUGCUGCUCCUGGCAGGGGCAACGUGUUGUCUGGGAUCGGCCUUGCCUGCUGGAUUCAAUAUAGGAGUUAUGAAUAACCCUGCACACUUGAUGCAGGACUUCUGCAACCAAAGCUUCGAACAGCGAUACAAUGUCCACCUGACCAAAGAGGAACUCAAUGUGGUUUGGUCGAUGAUAGUGUCAAUAUUUCUUAUUGGAGGAGUGACAGGAUCGCUGGUUGCUAGCUGGAUAGCUGACAGACUCGGCAGAAGAGGGGCCCUGGGAAUUGGAAAUAUUUUGGCUAUUAUCGGAGCAAUAUGCUUUCUAGUGGUGCGAAGCUUAAAUUCAGUGGAGCUGCUUUUAGUGGGCAGAUUAUUCGUAGGAUUUUCUGGAGGCUUUGCUACAAGCCUGCUUCCAGUCUACCUUACGGAAGUUGCUCCUUUAAAACAGCGAGGAGCUGUAGGAGUACUUUGCCAGUUAGGAAUCUGCUGCGGAGUGUCAUUGGGACAGAUCACUAGUCUGGGUACGGUACUGGGCACUGAAAAAUCUUGGCAUAUCAUGUUGGCCUCUUUUGCUCCUAUCUGCAUUUUCGCUUUACUGGUGACAUUUUUUCUGCCAGAAAGCCCCAAAUACCUUUACGUAGUCAAGAAGCAAGAGACAAAAGCUCUUAAAGAAUUAAGUCGCUUGCGGAACAUGGAGACAGUGCUCCUUCGGAGUGAAGUAGCUCUCCUCCGGGAAGAGUCUCUCAUCGAGGCUGCCGUAGACCCCUGGACUAUUCAACGGGUAACAAGGGAUCCCACUUUGAAGUUGCCCCUGAUCCUGGUCUGUGCGCUACAAUUUGGCCAGCAACUCAGUGGCAUAAAUGCCGUCUUCUACUACUCUAGUUCUAUAUUUAAAAAUGCUGGUCUGGACAUCGCUGGGGCUCAGUAUGCUACCUUAGGAACCGGUGUUGUAAACAUCGGAAUGGCUCUAGUCGCAGUGCCCCUGAUGUCGGUCUUCGGCAGGAGAACUCUCUUCCUGACAAGCUGCUACACGAGCUCAGCUUGCCUCGUGGUACUGUGUACUUCGAUAGUUCUUAUAAAUUCCACACCAUUUAUGCCGUGGCUGUGUAUAGCAACAGUAUUGAUUUACGUCUUAUUAUACGGAAUUGGACUUGGUCCGAUACCUUACUUCAUUGGAUCGGAGCUGUUCGACAUUGGUCCAAGACCAAUCGCUACGUCUCUUGGAAGUGUCUUCAACUGGGGUGGAAACUUUCUGGUUGGCAUGACGUUCCCUUCCUUGCAGAACUUCGUAGGCCCCUACGCCUUCUUGCUCUUCAGUGGCAUCGUCUUACUCCUUGCUCUCUUCUCCAGGACGUAUUUACCUGAAACUCGUGGCAGGAACACGAACGAUAUAGCAUCCACCAUGACCAAAGGUCUCAAGUCUAGGCCAAACGAAAAUUGAUAUUGAUCGUCUGUCAGGAACAGUCGACAGUGCUCAAAGUUCUAUCGCAAGGUGAAGGAUGGAAAACCUAACUUAACACUGUUACUCAUUUCUGUUCAUAGCAAAAAACUACUGUUUAAGCAACUACGUACAAUGACUUCUAUCAGAAUGCGUUCUUAUUGACGUGUAAUGAGAGGUCCUCUGUGUUCACUGGUGAUACUUCCUUCAACCGUCAAUGCUUCCAUGCCAUUGUGGGAGAGAAGGAUAUUCCUACGAUGUGUGACAUUUUUACGUUAUACUCCGAUGCGUAUGAGAUUUUUAUUUUCUACGCUGCAGGAGAGCGUAACAAUUGUGCAUAAUAAACCCGUCCUUUGUACACCGGCGGUCAUGAAUGGCUUUCUCGUGUACAUGGAGCAGCCUGGUGAUGGUAACGUAAACGUAACGUAAAAAACGAGCUCGAGAACUUAUGUACUUGCGGUACCUGAGGUAUAGUAAACUGUAAAAUAAUUAAUGUAAUAAAGCAACUUAU